UACAGCCUUCGGCGGGACUAGAUUGAAAGUUGGGAGAUGAAAAUAAAAACCUACGAUGCGAACAUCAUUCAAACAAAUUUUCUCUUCUGCUAACUGCAGGCCUAGCAACUUCUGUCACUGCCAUGGAUUACUUGAAAACGGUGGUCCCUUCUCAACUAGUUUCCGAACGAGGCUCCAAUCUUGUUGUCAUCAAUCCUGGUUCUGCAAAUAUCAGAGUGGGCCUCGCUCAACAGGACACUCCCUUUAACAUCCCUCAUUGUAUUGCUCGCUAUACCAACCAAGUUCCUAAAAAUAAUGUUCUGGAUCAGAUGCUUAAUUCUCAGGUAACUACGUCUCAACACGUCGAGCGCGAGAAGGCUUAUGAUGUCAUUGCUUCUUUGUUAAAAAUACCUUUCCUGGAUGAAGAGGUUGGCAACAGUUCUGUACCACGCAAGAUGGGACGGGUUGAUGGAUAUAAUCCACAGAGUACCAGGAGAGACACGCCCUUCACUUUGACAAACGUGUAUGACAAGGAUCCAAGUCUGUCUUUUGCGUCAGAAAAUUUUAAUUAAUAAAGAAAUAACUAACGAGUUGGCCCAUCAUAAAGGUACUGCCUCUAAAGAGCCCAUUAGGGAAGAAUGCAAGUACAGACAAUAUAUCUGCGGUGAGGAGGCACUAAGGAUAUCACCAACAGAGCAAUAUUGUUUACACCGUCCUAUUCGCAGGGGUCAUUUCAAUAUAUCACAACAUUAUUCCAUGCAG